CAUUACCUCUGAAAAAAAGGAAAAGACAGAGGAAAAAUGUUUUCUUCCCUGAAUGUUCCAACUUUUUUGCGCUCACUAGGACCCAGCGGCGAUGUCGAACCGGCCCAGAGUGAGUGAGUGAGCGAGUGCGCGGGCGCUGGGGGCCACUCCGUGCAAUGCCACUCUAAAACCUCCAGAAUAAAAGGAAACAGAAGUGGACAUCUCUGCACGUGACAGCGACGCGCCACUAUAUGAGGUGAAAGGCAGCCAGCGCGCAUCAGGACCAGCGUGGACUCAGCCACCGCUCAGCCUCAGUUAGCGCGCGCACCGCGCACUCGCCAGCUGCUGAAUUUUAAACCAGCAAAGCAACACGUGUGAGUUUUUCUGCUGCGGGACGGACUCCAGAGGGUGGCAACGCAGGUACGCAGGAGGCGAGCGGAACUUUUACCAGAGCUGGAGGAGAGGAACCCCAGAUCCCCUCCCUUCCUCCUUCCCUCCCUCCCAGUCUACAUUUUUCCCUUCCUCCUCGGACCUCUGCUCUCAUCUGAAGACCGAACUCUGACAGGGAUGCUGCACGUUUCCGAGCCGCACUUGCACUCAGCAGGAACCUGAAGCGGAAUCACUCUUUACUUUUACCCUGAGAGGUGCGCAACAUCAUCUCAAGGAGUAAUUUGGACACUUUUACGCACGCUUUGCGCUUUUUUCUUUUUGUUUUAUCUUUGGAGAGAGGGGCUUCUGAACAUUUGUUCCAACACAUUUACACACAGAAGAAGUUUGUUCAUCCUUUCAUCAACAGGACUGAUGAUAUCGUCACUCUUAUCAAUGAAACAACUCCAUUUGUCUUUUCCUCUCCAAACAAGGACAUUUGUGUCUUAAACUUGUCAACUCAAGAGAAGAUGAUUCCUGCUGGCGACGUGAUGCCAUGUAGCAUCUCUGAUGUUUGACACUUUUGAGGAUUGACUGAAAAAAACUGACAGGAGAUAUCUCAGUGACAGAGCUCAUACAAGGCGCAGCUUUUGCGCUUGUCUUUUUCUUUCAUUUCUUUCUUUUUUUGUUUUUAAAUUGGAGUCCACACAACAGCCCAGAUGCAGUUUCGACUCUUCUCAUUUGCCCUGAUCGUUUUGAACUGUAUGGAGUACAGCAACUGUCAGGCGCCGUCGCAUCGCUGGAGGAGAAACAAAAGAGCUAGCUAUGGAACACAUUCCAUCUGUAAAGGCUGCUUGACAUGCUCCCCGGUUAAUGGCUGUGUGAAGUGCCCACCCAAACUCUUCCUGUUUCUGCGGCGGGAGAGGAUGAGGCAGUAUGGAGAAUGUCUUCACGACUGUCCAGCCGGAUACUACGGCAUGCGAGGACCUGAAUUCAACAUGUGCUCCAGGUGCAGGAUAGAGAACUGCGAGUCCUGCUUCAGCAAAGACUUCUGCACCAAGUGCAAGUCUGGCUUUUACCUCCACAAGGGGCGUUGCUUUGAUAAGUGCCCUGAGGGUUUUGCCCCGCUGGAGGACAACAUGGAGUGUGGAGAGGGCUGCGAGGUGGGUCAGUGGAGUGAGUGGGGAGCCUGCACCAGAAGAAACAAAACCUGUGGCUAUAAGUGGGGUUUGGAGACCCGAACACGGCACAUUGUAAAGAAACCACCCAAGGACACAAUACCCUGUCCCACCAUCGCCGAAUCCAGGAUGUGCAAAAUGGCCAUGAGGCAUUGCAGGAGAGGUGGUUCAGGGAAGCACCGAUCCAAAGAGCCAAAGAAGAAGAACAAGCAGAGGCUGCGGUUUCGGGCCCAAAACCAGCACAGCGACCACUUGGCCUCCGCUCGCUCCAGCCAGUGAGAACUGAAACCACCCAGUGAACAAACGCAAAGCUGCUAGCUGCUGCUGCUGCACCCAUAUUCUUACUGACUAAUGUCACCACCUCGCCACCUGCCUUCCAGCCCACCUCAGCUCUACCUACCGGGACACUGCCCGCCUCACAGAUCCACUUUUCUGAAAACGUGUCAAAUCAGUACCCAACAUGCUCAGCCUCCAGCUGCUUCUCUGGCCCCUCCCCCAGCCCCACUCCUCAAAGGAGGACCUUCAAAGCGGACAGAACUGACCUAAUUUCCUGUUAUUGGCGAAGUCAUUAACCGUCCAGGGUGAUAGAAGGUGCCGGGGCCUCUUGAGGUGAAGGUGAAGGUGGGAGAGCAAAGAGGAGAGCAACGAUUGGUGGAGGGAAGCUGAGCUGCUCGGGGGAAGGAUGAAGAAGCGGAGGAGGUUCAGUGGAAGCCAACGAUGCCUAUGGACACGCAUGGGCACCUCAGACUGAGAGAGACUGUUUUAUUAUUCAUGUAUUUAUGUCCAAGCUAGCCUCACCUUCCCUCCAAAUGGAGACUGAGUGUUCCCAUGAGUGACCGUUAUGUUCUGCACAUUCUUGAGAGUAAUAUUAAAGAAAUUACCAUGCAUAGUGGCAAAGUAUUUUAUUCUCAGCACAAACUGUUUACGUUCAGACUGCUUGAUGCUGUAACUGUAAAGUGUCGUCCAAGAACAAAAAACAAUAUCGUCACUCGACUAGCAUGGCAACACUCCCAUGUACAUAGUUGUUCUAAUUAUAAAAGCUUAUUACUGUAUUUUCAGUAUUGACUCGUUCAUCGUUCUAAAUGUUUUAGAAAUAAUAAUAAGAAAAAAAGGUUGUAAUACAAGCUACAGAUUAAAAUAAUUGAAAAUAAUAAACUUAGCCACUCGUAGCUACUUCAUUUAAAUGGUAUAUAUUUGAUUUAUUUAUUAAUUCAGUUUUGUACUUUUUUCUUUUUUUUUUGUUUUUGGUUCAGUGAUAAUUUGUAAUUUUGCCUCGUGCUGUAACUAUUAUGCUAAGAUAUUCUUUAACUUCCUUAUAGCGGUGUGUAUCUUUAACAUGCAGAAGAAGUUUACGUCUGUCAUGCAAGUGUUGUAGGUUUUUUGCGUUCAUUUGACCUCAUCUACUGAUUUCAAUGCUUUGAAAUGAAGAAAAAAAAGCAACAAAAAAACAAAAACAAAACAACGCUUGACGUAUUCAAUGUUUAUUGGUUAGGCUCCAGCAAAUGUAUGGUCAUAGGACUGCAUAUGUGUACAUUGUGUUUUAUUAAAUCAACAUUAUUUGUGUCUGUAUGAUGCUAAAGCCUUUCAGUAAUGUCUGUAGCUAUAAUACAUGCAGCUAAACUCAGAA